AGGCUCCGAACGCCUCCAACCUGAAGAUCGUGAGGAUGGAUCGAACCGCCGGCUGCGUGACCGGAGAGGAGGUCUACCUGCUCUGCGACAAAGUCCAGAAAGACGAUAUCCAGGUUCGGUUCUUUGAGGAAGACGACUCGGGGCUGACCUGGGAGGCUCUGGGAGAUUUCUCACCGACAGACGUUCACAGACAGUUCGCCAUCGUCUUCAAGACUCCGAAGUAUCGAGACCAGAACCUGCAGAAGCCGACCUCGGUGUUCGUGCAGCUGAAGAGGAAGUCUGACAACGAGACCAGCGAGCCCAAACCCUUCACCUACCACCCCCAGAUCAUAGACAAAGAGGAGGUGCAGAGGAAGAGGCAGAAGACGCUGCCCAACUUCCAGGACUUCAGCGGUCACGGAGGAGGUGGAGGAGGAGGUCUGUACCGAGGAGGAGGAGGGGGAGGAGGUCCAGCAGCAGGAGGUGGUCCUGGCUCAGGAGGAGGAGGAGGAGGUUACUUCCAGGGUUUUACUACCUAUAACUACGGAGGAGGAGGAGGGUUCUCCACAGGAUACUCAGCUGGUCUGGGAGGAGGAGGAGGAGGAGGAGGAGGAGGUGGCGGCAUCAAACAUGCCUCUCAGGGCGACGCAGCAGACGACAGCGGCGGCGAUGACGAAGGUCCAGACGAUGACGACGACGACUCGGGGACGGGGGCUGUGCUGCGAGCUGCAGCCCAGGAGGGAGGCGUGGAGGUCGGGGAGAGGACCGCAGAGGAGGGAGGGGACAGCGUGGAGCCAGACCCAGACACAGUGUGCGACACAGGUGAGCGGUUGGUUCAGGUGACCAGCCGACAGCUGGACGCUCUCUUCCAGUACUCUGUAACAGGUGAUUCGGCGUACCUGCUGGCUCCGCAGCGCCCCCUGAUGACGGCACAGGACGAGGACGGAGACACUGGGCUCCACCUGGCGGUCCUCCACAGCCAGCAGGAGGCGCUGAAGAGUCUGACCCAGGUGGUCUCUGCUCUGCCGGGAGAGGAAGUGCUGAACAUGAGGAACCACCUCUACCAGACUCCUUUGCACCUGGCCGUGAUCACGCAGCAGAAGGAGGCGGUGGAGGCGCUGCUGCUGGCCGGCGCCGACCCGACCCUGACGGAUCGCUACGGCAACACGGCACUCCACCUGGCGUCCCAGCAGGAGGGAGGGGGGAUGGUCCAGUUUCUGCUGCGGCACAGAGCGCUGAGAGGACUGGUGAACCAGGCCAACACAGCAGGUCUGUGUGCGAUCCACCUGGCCGUCCUGGCCAAUCAGCUGUCCUCCCUCAGGGAGCUGCUGGAGGGCGGGGCCGACGUGGAGGCUCAGGAGCGCAGCUGCGGACGGACCGGCCUCCACCUCGCCACCGAGACCGACAACGUGUCGCUGGCCGGCUGCCUGCUGCUGGAGGGAAACGCCAAGGUGGACUGCUGCACCUUUAAUGGCUCCACCCCCCUCCACAUCGCCGCAGGGAGGGGCUCCGUCAAGCUCACCGCUCUCCUGAUGGCUGCAGGUGCAGACCCUCAUAAAGAAAACUUCGAGCCGCUGUUCUUCAGAGAGGACGAGUGCUGCGAUGAACAGAGGGAGGAAGAGGAGGAAGAUGAAGGCUACAUCCCAGGAACGACUCCGCUCAACAUGGCCGCCACCACACAGGUGCUGGAGCUCCUGAACGGGAAAGAGUACGAACCAGAAUCUCACAGAGCGUUCAGUCCUCCACAAGGCGACCUGGCGAGCCUGGAUGUGGAGGUGAAGCAGCAGGUGUGUUGUGCUCUGGAGAGUGAAGGAUGCUGGGAGAAUCUGGCUCACAGUCUGGGUCUGGGGAUCCUCAACACGGCCUUCAGGCUGAGCCCCUCCCCCGCCAAAACACUGCUGGACAGCUACGAGGUCUCAGGUGGGAGGGUGAGCGACCUGUUGGCUGGUCUGAGGUCAGUGGGAGAGUGCAGAGCGCUGAGCGUCUUGGAGGAGGCGCUGCGACGCUCCGACGCCGAGGAGACGCCGAUGACCAAUGAGACGACAGGUGAGUCUCUGUGUGCUCAGGUUCAGGAUCUGAAGGUGGACGUUCGGAUCGACAGCGGGGUGUGUGACAGCGGGGUGGAGUUAUCCACAGCGUAACGACCUGACCCACCCAUCCUCCAUCCUCCAUCCUCCAUCGCUCCGGGCUGAGCUCACCUCCUCCUCCUCCUCCUCCUCCUCCUCCUCCUCCUCCUCUGGGCUGAAAGUUUCUCAUCAACAAAAACAAGUUUUUAAUUAAACGAGUCAAACUUUUA